AUGUCAACGCAAGGGCAAACGAGAGGCCCGUCUCCGCGCUUCUACCGCCAGUACAUCGACGAGAAUGCCUCCUUGAGUGCAGCCCCGACGCCGGCGUCUACCCUGCCUUCAAAUCGCCUCCCAUCCCCCUCAGCUCCAACCCGCAACAACUCCAUUGAUUCCCAAGCUCAACCUUCACGACGUUCCCUAGAUAUCGCCUCUAGAGUGCUGGGAAUCGGAAGCUCAGCGACCAACAACGCUGCUGUGGAAAGUGCGACUCCGCUGCUGAACACGCGCCCAACCCUGGCCCUCCACCUUCCCAACGGCCGCGUCCUCCCGAUCAUUAAACCGCCAACAUCACCGGCCAGUUCGCGAUCCCGAGUGUCCAGUCUUGGCCAUAAUAAAAUCUUCAGUGCCGCUCAAAGAGGAGCUCACGGUCGCAGCGUCAGCGAAGCCAUAAUCCGCCCGACUACGCCCGUAACGAUCGUCCACCCACCGCAUCCCCCGUACCGCAACGCCAGCAGCGACCCUUUUCCUACCGAACCCAUCUCCAGCCCGAUCAUAACCCUUCGAGAACCUUCUCCCCCGCCGCUCGGACCGGGAUCGCCUUCGCAGGCCAAUGUUCUGAAUCGAACCAAUAAUAUUGGUUUCACCGGGGAAAACUCGACCGCACCAGCUCCCACGGAUGCCCCCACCCAAGGCUCGGAGACGAGGACAGUCGCCCUUGAUGAUAACCAUACCACAGACCUGGAGCCCUCGCCGCCGGCCUCGCGAUCUUCGUUGGAGGACCACGUUCGACGCACCGGUCGCAAUUGCAAUCACACGAUCGACGUCCUUGCAGGCCGCUCAACGCAACUGGCCCUUCAUGGCAAACCAAGCCCGCGCCCAGAGACCGAGAUCCCAACGUCCGACGCAAUACCAAUCCAACAACCCCCUUCAUCGCGCUCGUCCUUCGAGAGCACCAAUAGUUCACGCACACGUAGUAUAGACCUUGCAAGGACGAGCGAUGUCCAGCGUCUGUACCACCGCGCAUCCACGCAGUCUCUGCAGACGGUGAAGUCGAUUUCCAGAACUUCCAAGGAGCCUUUAUCAUAUAACAGCACCGAAGAAGCCGGUUUGUCGCUCGAGGGCCGAUCUCAUAGCCUUGACAUCCCGAGGAGCUUUCUCCCGCGACUGAAUCACCGUACAUCGACCCAAUCUCUCCAGAUACCGUUGACCAAGCCAAUCUAUGAUACGAUGAUCGUCAACAGGUUCACGCCGCUCAACUCACACCCGGUUUCUCCGAUACCAGAACGAGCGUAUACGCAGACCCCAAGCUGGAUUGGAAAUGAUCUUCCGGAUCUGGAGCCUGCUGUGCAUCCUCGGCCGGAUUGCUUGACUAUAACGCCACCACCAUCUGAUAUUACAUCGCCGCCAAUCCCUCCGAAAAUACCGCUGGACACUGAGCAAGGGCCGUCAAUUUCGCGCGAUGCGGACUAUCUGCCCCUGUUUCCCUCUCCGCCUCAAGCUUCCCGGCCGACUUGGAUGGUGCAUGACAAAACACCAGGUCCGGUGCAUAUCGUUGUACCUCCCAUAGCACCCGAAUAUCUUGCAUUUCCAGGGCCUGACUACCCGCUUCUACCUCCGCGCCCGCAAGCGCCAGGGCAGUGUGUGCUGCAUACCAGGAUUCCCAGUCCAUCUCUACACAUCACGCCUCCAAUGCCGGACCAUCCCCGUCCUUCUCAAGGACAACCCCAUCGACCAACCCAAACUGCCUACGCCUCCGGGGCGAGCGCCCUGCGAGCCGCACCCACAUCAGCAUUCCAUUCGCCUUCGAUGCUCUCCUCACCCUCAAACCACUCGAACUCAUCGAAUUCAAGCGCAGCCUCAACAACAUCAACAUCAAUACUUUCCCUACCGACGCCGCAAUCACCACCGACCAGCACCCCCUCGCCAAAAGACAUAUCCAAUUUACCACUCCCAGCACUUACAUCCCACGUCCAGACCCAAAUCUCGCAAGCCCGACACCUUUUCGACCUCGUAUCCCACCGCCUCACACCAGGUGAAAAUAUCUGGAUCAGCAAGACGAUCUCCGACACCGAGGUCGCGAUGCGUGAGAUCCUGAUUCUCACGGAAGGACUACGUAUCGAUCGGCAGACGAAGAAAGGCAAACUUGGUCUCAAGACGCAGUUGAAGUGGAUGAUGCGCGACUCACGGAAAGCGAAGGAGAAGCGCGAGAGGCUGGUCCUGUGCAAUGCGAGUUUGGCUGGGGUGUUGGUGCGGCUGCGGGGCGUAUAUUCUACGCUUCAGGUUCAGGCCGGAAAUGAGCUUGCCGAGCUUGAGGAGAAGGUUGAGGUUGAGAUAGGGCGAGGGCCGUCGCACAGUGGAAAUGACACCUGCAAUGUGUAUCCCUCUCAACGGCGGGCCUCUACUUUGCAUUUAACAGAGCCGGAGAGUUCGCCCUGGGACCUGGCAGUGCAGCGGCAGGACGCCGGGAUGGAGGUCGUUGUUGAUGAGCCUGUGCAGUUGGAGGUGAAGGAGAAUAGAACGCCCACCAGGUUCGGGGCGCAGAGUCCGACGCCCACGGUUUCCACUGCGGUUUCGGCGCAGGAGAGCAUUGGGUCCGCUGCAUCUGUCGCCACAUUGGAUACUGAGUUGCUGGAUAUGCUCUCCUGGCGCUGGGCGCAGGGGCGGACGAUGUGA